AUGGUUGCGUCCCUCGUUACAUAUCCCCAUGAAGUUAUCCGUACACGGCUUCAGAUAGAGAAAUCACCAGAGCAAGCAAGCACCCUCUCACUACCAAACAAUAGCCGAAGGCUAUCCCCAUUGUCAUCAUUGUCCCCUGGUGUCUCAACUCCCCAUCCCGUACAGUUCCGCGCCAGCUCCAUAGCAAUCAUUCGAACAACGCGAUUGAUCAUUAGGGAGAACAGUUGGAGGGGCCUGUACCGGGGGAUUUCAAUAAACUUAAUGCGAACCGUCCCGAACAGCGGGAUCACGCUCCUUACUCGUUCGGGGGGAUUCCAGACGAGUGAAAUUUCCGCCAUUUCUUCCCAUGCAACGGGGGACCAAGCUGAAUUUGAUGCGCCCCAAAAUGCAGAUGAGGAGGAAGAGGACGUUGGUCCGAUGCCUGUGCCGGAGAAUGGAGUGCCUCGAAAGAAGCGGAAAGUCUUACCUCAUGAGAAGCUUUUCCUUGAGCAUUUACCUAGCGCUGAUCGGUACUCGAAGAGCUUCAUGCAUCGGGACAUGCUUAACUACGUCGUCGUCACUAGGACGGAUUUCGUCGUUACCACAUCUGUGGAUGGACAUCUUAAGCUAUGGAAAAAGCAAGAAGUUGGUAUUGAAUUCGUCAAACACUUCCGCGCACACCUGUCUCCUAUAGUUGGUGUCGCUGCGAGUAGUGAUGGCACGCUAUUUGCGAGCAUCGCUGAGGACCAAAGUGCGAAGGUCUUCGAUGUCGUCAACUUCGACAUGAUUAACAUGUUGAAGCUAGGAUUUAUUCCACGUACUUGCUGUUGGGUCCAUCGUCGGGGGCAAGCCCAAUCCUUGUUGGCUAUAUCCGACCAGGAUUCCAGCACCAUUCGCAUCUAUGAUGGCCGAGGCGACGGGAAGCCGCUCGAGACUAUCAUUGGUCUGCACAAAUACCCAGUGCAUCUAAUGGCGUACACAGACCGUUUUGAUACAGUAAUCUCUGCUGAUCAGUCGGGGUUCUUGGAGUACUGGCAGCCAAGGGAGCCAUUUGAACCCCCCAAAGACAUCCCCGGCAUGUGGGAAUUUAAGAGCUCCACUGAUUUGUAUGAAUUUAAGAAGAGAAAGUCCACACCCACCAACCUUUCAUUCUCCCCCGACUCCACUCACUUCGCGACCAUAUCGUUUCCAUCUCAAUCGAUACGAGUGUUCAAUUUUUUGACAGGGAAAAUGACUCGCCACUAUGACGAGUCGCUCACUGCGGUUCAGGAGAUGCAGCAAGCAGGCACUGCUGCGUAUAAUAUCGAUGAUAUGGAGUUUGGACGGCGUCUUGCUGUUGAGAGGGAGCUUGAAAAGGAUCAACGUGCUGGGGAAAUAAUGAACGUCAUUUGGGAUGAGAGUGGGAGCUUCAUCCUCUACCCGACUCUGUUGGGGAUAAAAGUUGUGAAUAUCCUUAACAAUCGGGUUGUUAGACUUCUGGGAAAAGAUGAAACAGGAAGAUGGCUGAAUCUUAGUUUGUAUCAAGGUGCACCGGCUAAAAAAGGCUUCUCCACGUUGGCAAUGAAAGCAUCUGCCAAUCCGAUUCUUCAAAGCAAAGAGCAGCGUGACCCAACCCUUUUUUGCACCGCGUUCAAACGUCCGCGAUUCUAUAUGUUUACUCGUGCCGAGCCAGAGGAUAAUAAGGAUGGCGGAGAUCGCGAUGUCUUCAACGAGAAGCCUACACGAGAAGAGCAAUCCCUUGCUCUUCAGCACAGCGAUUCAGCGAAGCUCUCCGCCAACCCGAACUCUCCCUAUGCUCAAGCUGCAGCAAUCCACACGACCAUGGGCGAUAUUCAUAUGAAGUUAUUCCCCGAGCACGCGCCGAAAACUGUGGAAAAUUUCGUAGGACUAGUUCGCAAAGGUUACUACGAAGAUAUCAUCAUCCACCGGGUCAUUAAGAAAUUCAUGAUUCAAACUGGUGAUCCUCUCGGUGAUGGCACUGGUGGUGAAUCGUUGUGGGGACGUGAAUUCGAAGACGAGUUCACGCCUGCCCUCAAGCACGACCGCCCAUAUACAGUCAGUAUGGCGAACGCCGGGCCAAACACAAAUGGGUCACAAUUCUUCAUCACUACGAAUGUAACACCAUGGCUCGACAACAAGCACACUAUUUUUGGCCGCGUGCUUUCGGGACUUGAAGUCGUACAUGCAAUUGAGAACGUCAGAACGGACAAAAGUGACAAGCCAUUUGACGACAUUAAAAUCAUCAGUAUCGACUUGGAAUAA